GUGUCCAUGUCAUAGUUUGAGAUUUGUCAGGUUUGUGUGAGUGAGUGCGUUAUCCUGGAUUUGUGGAUUGCGAAUUAUUUUUAGUGAUUAAUUUAGUUUGUUUUCUUUCUAUAAUCAAUUGCGAUAUGAAUAAUGCGCCGCAGUUUUCUCUACGCUGGAACAAUUAUGUUACCCACGUAACAGAAGCGUUCAACACGCUGCGAUUUGAGAAUGAUUUGGUGGAUGUCACUUUGUACUGCGAUGGUGGCAAAAUUAAGGCCCACAAAAUGCUAUUAUCUGCUUGCAGCAGUUAUUUCAAGCAGAUUUUCAAAGAGAAUCCCUGUCAGCAUCCUGUUGUUAUUUUCAGAAACUUCAAGUAUGAAGACUUAAAUGCUAUCAUAAAUUUUAUGUAUCAUGGUGAAGUCAAUAUAUUUCAGGAACAGUUGGAAUCGUUUCUUAUUACAGCUGAACUCCUGGAAGUUAAGGGUUUAACUGACAAUGCGGAGGAAGAGCCGUCCAAAGCUCACAUCAGAAUGAGUGAUGCUUCAUUAGAUUUAAGUUCCAAAUCAAGUAGAGUUACUGAAGAAACUGUGCCUGUACCUAUUGUAAUGGAUGAGCCUAUAAAUUUAGCAACCAUGCAAAGUGUUCGUGAUGAGUACAUUCCACAAACUAAUGUAGCACAAAAUAUUCCAGACCAAGAUACUGAAGCUAUAGAAAUAGUUCAACCACAGAUUUCUAAGAUUGAAGAAACUGUGACUACUCGAUCCAAAGCAGCUGAAAGAGCUGUGACAGAGGAUAUGCAGGUUGACAAUCAAUCAACAUCAGCUGAAGAUUUAUCAGAGAAAAGUAACCCUGAAUCUGAUUUGGCAAAAUUCCGCUGCCAACUGUGUCCGAAAGGCUUUAAACAUCCAACAUCUUUGACAUUACACAAAGAUUCUCAUGCAGGAAAAACACAAUGUCCCGUGUGUCACAGGUCAUUUUCCAGAUCCUAUGACAUGAGGAGCCAUCUUCAAAGAAUACAUCAGGGAAAACAAUUAACUAUAAAAGAAAUAAGAUAUAAGAGCAACAAUGAUAAUGUCGCUAAGCAAUUUACUCAUCAUAUUUAAUUAUGUGAUUAAUUUUAAUUAUUAUAUUAUUAUGGUAACUCUAUUUUACUUAUAAAAUAUGCACUUAGUGUGAAAAGCCUAUUAAGAUGGAAUGAAAUGUUGUAAUUUAAAGUGUAUAAAGAAUAUAAAAGUUGCUUAAGAUAAUCUUAAUGGAAUAUAUUUUAUUUACUAUGUUUAUGUCACAAAACUUGCUCAGUGCUCUAGCUUUGGCUAUUUUUGUACUAGUCUGUAACAAUAUUAUUAUUGUUUUUAUAUAAAUUGUUUCUAUUAUA